GUGGGGGCAGCGAUCAUGAUGAGCGGUGUGGUGCCUUCCUCCCUCCAUGUCCUCCUUCGCGCCGAGCGCGCCCUCCGCGACCGCGACGUCGGCGAGGUCCACAUCCCGCUGUCCGAGCUCCUCUCCGGCGCCCCCGACGGCCCCGUCCCCGCCAAGUUCGUCGCCUACCAGGUGCGCAAGAUCUCCUCCGGCAAGCCCCAGGGAGUCCUCAACCUCUCGUACAAGCUCGGCGAGGUCGCCAACGGCUACGCCCCCGCCCCGCCGCCCAGUCCGCCUACGCCCAGCCUCCACCGACCGCCGCGUACCCGCCUCCUUCAGGCAAGGCUGAUGCCUACCCGCCUCCCGCCGCGUACCCGCCUCCUUCAGGCAAGGCCGACGCGUACGCCCCCCUGCCACCGCAUACCCGCCGGCAGCCAAGGCCGACGCGUACCCACCUCCAUACGGCGCCUACCCGCCCGCCGGCGGCAAGGCCGACGCUGCUUACCCGCCCUCAUCCGGCUACCCACCCGCGGCAGGCAAGCCAGGCAAGGGGGGCGAACCGGUGACGGCUUACCCUUCGGCCGGUCCCAGCACGGCGGCGCCCUACGCUAGGUUCUUCAGAAGCAU